GAGGAACGCCACGCCUGCGCAACCAAUUGCACCCCGAAACUGUAAUUAUUUUCUAGCCUGUGAAUUGAACCUUCCUCCAGUUCAGCAACCCACGAAGGUGUCUCCUUAUCUGCGUCGGAUAGCCUCUCGCUAGCCUCGCUAUAGAGAGGAGGGGCCACCUCCUAGAAGCCGCUGUGCAAACGUUUUAGGCUCGUAAACCAUGGCAGCCACCGCCGCGUCUCCUGGAGUGGCGGUCUCUCCUCUCCAGAAUCUCCGCGCCAUGUUUUACGUCCUUGGUCCCAACGAGAGCUCUUUCCGCGGCCUCGAGGAAGUUCCUGAUUACGUGGACAAGGCAACUCCCUUCUUCAUUACCCUGAUUAUACUGGAGUUCAUAGUUAAGUGGGCCCAGAAGGGACAUUUGUUAUCUCUCAGUGAUGGUAUAACAUCUGUAUCCGCAGGUAUCUUCUCUCGACUUCCAGACAUUAUUUCUAGAAGUGUGGAAAUAUCAAUGUAUGCCUAUGUGUGGAACAACUAUAGAAUCAUAGAACUACCAUGGGAUUCAUCAUGGACAUGGUAUUUCACCUUCAUUGGAGUAGAUUUUGGAUACUACUGGUUUCAUCGCAUGGCCCAUGAGAUUAAUUUUUUAUGGGCUGGACACCAAGCACAUCACAGUUCUGAAUAUUAUAACUUAUUCACAGCAUUAAGGCAGUCUGUUUUGCAAAAGUUUGGAUCAUGGAUAUUUUACCUUCCAUUGGCUUUUUGCAUUCCAGCUUCGGUAUAUGCUGUUCAUCUCCAAUUUAAUCUCCUUUACCAGUUCUGGAUACAUACAGAGGUCAUUGAAAAUCUUGGCCCAUUGGAGUUACUUCUCAAUACUCCUAGUCAUCACAGAGUUCAUCAUGGCAGAAAUCAAUAUUGUAUUGAUAAAAACUAUGGUGGCACAUUAAUAAUUUGGGAUAGAAUUUUUGGUACAUUUGCUGCAGAAAAAGAUAAAGUUGUAUAUGGCCUAACACAUCCCAUAAACACUUUUGAACCUUUCAAAGUUCAGUUUCAUCAUUGUAUUUAUAUCUGGAACAUAUUUUGGAGCACACCUGGAUUCUGCAAUAAGCUUUCAGUUAUGUUCAAGGGACCAGGAUGGGCACCAGGCAAGCCAAGACUUGGCCUUCUUGAGGAGAUUCCAGAAGUCACUGGAAAGGAAGUUCCUUUCAAGUGCAAAUUGCCACACUACACACAUAUCUACGUAGUAAUGCAUUUUAUCUUAAUGAUGGGAUUUUAUGUUGGCUUAUCUGCUUCCAAAUCUACGUUAUCACAGGUAACUCUUCUCAUGGGAAUUGGCUACAUUAUCCUGACAUUGACCUCCAUUGGUUUCCUUAUGGACCAAAGACCUGAAGCUCCUUUCUUGGAAUCUGCACGUUGCUCUGUUUUCCUUGCUCUGCACAAGCUUGGUUAUUUGGAAAUGCAUAUUGCACUUUUGUCAAUCGCAUAUGAG